UUAAAUAGUUUCCAGUCUAACUGCUAACCAUGCCCAUAUGAAUCGUUUUGUAUGGUUGAUCAUUACUGUGCAAAUCAGCUCAUUACAACAGCAUUUAAAUGGCCUGUGUGUCUGUUUCUUGGCAGAGGCUCCACAGAGAGUUGCCUUUGUCUGCAGAGGAGCUGGAUGAUGUGUUUGACUCUCUGGAUACAGACCACACUGGUUACCUUACGCUGGAGGCAUUCUCUUCUGGAUACAGUCGGUUCUUGCAUAGCAGGAGAAUCUCUGUCACUGAUGACCAAAGUCAGGCCCUGGGGCCAGUGUUUAGAGCCAAGGAAGCCCUUUAUCAGAGCCAGUGGGAAGCCAAGCUGUCCGGAGUGGAAGACGAGGAGGAAAGGCACUUCUCUAUGCUGCUGGAAAGCCUGGGGGCCAGUAAUGUGUUUGAGGAUCCAGGCGAGGUGCGCAGUCUCUGGGUCCAGCUCAGGCAAGAUGAACCUCACCUUCUGUCCAGCUUUGAGGAGUUCCUGGCCAGGGUCACCCACCAAAUAAAAGAAGCCCACCGGGAGAAGAAUGAGAUGGAGAGUGCCCUCCACAGGAAGGCUGCAACACACGACAGCGAGAUCCGUCAUUUAUAUGAAGAGAUGGAGGCGCAGAUCAAAAACGAGAAAGACGGGCUGUUGCUAAAGGACUCUGAGCGUCUUCAGUUACACAGCCAGGAGCUGGAGCACCAACUGUUUUGCAAAGAGAGAGAGCUGGAAGAACUUUUCCAGACGCAGAAAAGGUUAGAGCUCCAGUGCCAUGAGCUGAGCAGUGAGAAGCAGGAUAACCAUGUGGAGAAAGUCAAGCUGAAGAUGACCAACGACGAGCUGUCCCGAGCGCUGGAGACCACGAGCCAGGAGCUGGUGCUGGCCCAGGAGCAGAUAGCCAUACUGCAGGAGCAGGCCUCCCAGCUGCACCAGGAGAAAGAGAUGGAAAUGUACAGUGUAACUGAGGGGCUGCAGAGAGAGAAAGAAAAUCUUAUGACACAGCUUGACCUCCUCAGAGAGAUGAAUAAACAUUUAAAGGACGAGCAAGACGUAUGCUGUGGCAUGGCUCAAACUUCACUCAGAAUGAAGCAGAAGCAUAGAGCAGGCCUUGCCAAUGUAUUUGAUGACUCCAGCCAGCCAGCAAAAAGAGCCCCUUUGUUGGUGGAUGGCUCCUACCAGUCUCUGGAGGCCUUGCCAAUAGAGCACCUUCAAAUCGUGUUUGUUGCUUCCACCUCCUGUAGUGAGGAUGACACAGCCACCACUGCUUCCUCCUCCUCCACCACUCUUAGUGCCCCCACAUGUCAACAACGCACUGCAGCAAGGAAGAACUCCAGCUUAGCUAACGACUACGCCAGCUUUGCUCUACCCAAAGUACACGAUGUGAAGGCAAAGGCCAAAAAAUCACUCGGCAACGUGGCUGCUGCUAAGAGAGUGAUGGAGAAAGAAAGUGAGAAGAAAGUAGUGAUGAUGAAAGAAAUUGAGAAGGAGAGUGGGGUAGAAGAGGAGGUGUUAGACGCCUCUCCAGAUGGCUGGCCCCUUCGUCGGGUCAUUUCCAUCGAGGAGGACCACCUGCCGCACCUGCUACAAGGUAGGCCUCAUUCUUUACUGCACCAGCUCAGUAAGGAGGAAGAUGAAGAGAGUGAUGAGGAUGAUGAAGAAGCCCAGAGUGACACUGGAUCUAGUACUGCCAUGGCAGUAGACCUCUCUGCCACCCAACCCUUUCAUCUCCCAGUGUUUGCAAAAGCUCUUUCUGCAAGGAAAGUGCGAUUUAGCCAAGCAAAGAAGGUCCCCAUGUCUCCAAGAGGGCAGCCUGUUGGGAAGGAGACUCAGCUAAAAACAAGAGAAGGAGGACUGUUUGCCCCAGACCGCCUCUUUAAGGUGGUCCUGGUUGGCAACUCCAGUGUGGGCAAGACGUCCCUACUAUGCUCCUUCUGUGAGGGCCGUUUCCACCCUUUCACAACUGCUACUGUGGGUAUUGACUACAGUGUGAAGAUUUUAACCCUGGACAAUAUGCAGGUAGCCAUGCAGCUUUGGGACACAGCAGGUCAAGAGAGGUACCACAGCCUAACCAAGCAGUUCUUUCGCAAGGCUGAUGGUGUGGUGGUGAUGUACGACAUCACAGUGGAGAAGAGCUUCAGGGGUGUGCGACCCUGGCUCACCAGUAUCCAGGAAGCUGCAGGAGAAGGGAUACCCACCCUCCUCCUGGGCAACAAAAUGGACAUGGAUGGAAAUAGGGAGGUAUCAUUCAGAGAAGCUGAGCAACUGGCUUAUGAAAACAAGGUGAUGUUCUUUGAGGUCAGUGCCUACACAGGCAAAAAUGUGACGGUGUCCCUGACACACCUGGCCAGAGUGCUAAUGGAGCAGGAGGACAGAGUGAGACACACGGGAGUCAUCCUCAAUGCUCGGCCCACAAACAAGAAAGCCUGUUGCAAGUGAAGACACUGGACAAAACAAGCUGAAACCUUGGAAGAAAUCUGCUUGUAUACUCAGCUGACUGGGUGCUACCAUAAAUCACCUUUUCAAGA